GUCCCGGCAGCCCCAGGGGCCAUGGGGGUGCUCAGGGCCGGACUGUGCCCGGGCCUCACGGAGGAGAUGGUCCAGCUGCUGAGGAGCGUUGGGGUCAAGACAGUGAUGGACCUGGCUGCUGCAGACCUAGAGGAGGUGGCCCAGAAGUGUAGCCUGUCUUACAAGGCCCUGGUCGCCCUGAGGAGGGUGCUUCUGGCCCAGUUCUCAGCUUUCCCCUUGAAUGGUGCUGACCUCUAUGAGGAACUGAAGACCUCCACUGCCAUCCUGUCCACUGGCAUUGAAAGUCUGGACAAGCUGCUUGAUGCUGGUCUCUAUACUGGAGAAGUGACUGAAGUUGUAGGAGGCCCGGGUAGUGGCAAAACCCAGCUCUGUCUUUGUGUGGCUACAAAUGUGGCCCACAGCCUGAAGCAGAGUGUCCUGUACAUUGAUUCCAGUGGAGGACUGACAGCCUCUCGCCUCCUCCAGCUACUGCAGGCUAGAACCCAGGACGAGGAAGAACAGGCAGCAGCUCUCCAGAGGAUCCAGGUGGCUCAUGCAUUUGACAUCUUCCAGGUGCUAGAUGUCCUACAAGACCUGCGGGGUACAGUGGCCCAGCAGGUGAUAGGUUCUUCAGGGGCUGUGAAGGUGGUGGUUGUGGAUUCAGUUACAGCAGUGGUGGCCCCUCUUCUAGGAGGUCAGCAGAGGGAAGGCUUGGCCCUGAUGGUGCAGCUGGCCCGAGAGCUGAAGAUCCUGGCCCGGGAUCUCAACCUGGCUGUGGUGGUGGCCAACCACUUGACCCGAGACAGGGACACUGGGAGGCUCAAACCUGCCCUUGGACGCUCCUGGAGCUUUGUUCCCAGCACCCGAAUUCUCCUGGACAUCACCGAAGGGGCCAGAGCAUCAGGCAGCUGCCUGCGAACAGCAUGUCUGACCAAGUCUCCCCGUCAGCCAACAGGAUUCCAACAGGUGGUAGACAUUGGGACAUGGGGGUUCCAAGAGGAAAGCCUGGUGGUUCUGGGAGAGCAGACAUGACUGGCACUGUUGAUUGGAAAAGAGAGGCACUGAGGCUUCUCCUCUUCCCCCAUCUUUUCCUUCCUGGAAAACUGCUGUCCACUGCUUCGUGGCACCUGGGACUGCAGAAGCUCUCAGGCUGACUGAAAAGACUCAUUCUGGAAGUACAUGGACCCACGGGCCGGGCAGGAUGCUGCAGUUGGAAGCACCCAGCUGUGCUCCUUGGUGUCCUCCCUCUGAGUUUCCAGUGGAACUGAUUGACCCUGGCCCAGGCAUCUCUGAAGGACACUAAUGAUAAAUGAACAGGUCUGAGUGUCACCCUCUGGUCCUGUGUUCAGUCCUAGCACAGUGAUUGAGCCAGGAAGCUAAAUAGAGAGAUUUGCCUUUGUUCCCUCCUUGUGUUUCUUUGUUGGCCUCUGUCUUUCCAUCUGUAAGGUGGAGCUGUCUCUGAGUUAGCUUAGCUCUGUUUCUGAGUUACUGGGUAGGAAUAAUCUCAUUAAAUGCACACUUAGUCAUGGA